AGAACCUUUAUUACUGUCAAGACUCUCCACUCUCAUGUCCGGUUUAAUAGUGCAAAACAGAAGUUCAAAGUUCAGCACGAACAUACUCCCGGGAAAAAAACAACACUUUUGUAACUCAGCUGAGCCUGUCCUUAUAACUAAUGAAGUUCAAUACUCAAAAGGGUCGAUAAAGAAUUCUAUUCAUAAUGAAGACAGGUAAAUUUUAUUUCUUAAACAGUUAUUAAUUUCAUCGAUGAAUUUACGUGUUCAUGAUAUUAUCAAUGAUAUUAUUUGUUAUAUUCUGAAUCUGCAAAGAACCAAUUACAGGACUACAUCACAAUAAUCACAUCGACAUCACAUAAUAAUAACGAUAUAAUUAUUAUAAUAUAACUUAAUAUAAGUAUAAGUAAGGGAUCAGGUCAGGAAUCCAAAAGUAUUGUCAGUUUUGUAAACUCAAAAUAUUGUAAUUUUAAUGAAAAUGACUAAUUAUUUUACCAUUGCUAACGAAUUUUUAAAUGAUACUAUUGACAACCAUACCUAUAGCUAUAGGCCUAUAGGCUAUAUAUUAUAAAUAAUAAAUAAUUAAUAGGCCAUUGGAAUUGGAGAAGACUAGCACUGGUAGUAUUAACCGUAACUGUAGUGACAGGGCUAGUUUUGUGUAAUUGGGCUAGGGCGGCCUAGGUUAGGGCUAAUACCCUGUAGUGAGUAUUGUAAAAAAUAGCAACACAAGUUUAUAAGCUUAAGCGAAGCCGACAAUGGAGACUAAAGUAUAAAUCAGUGGUUUUUAUAGUCACGUGGGCUUUUGAUUAGCUCAGGGGUGCACUGAAUGACCCUUUUUUUAAAGAGAUGACUGAUGAGGGAGUGUGGGCGGAGCUGGGCCCAAUACCAUACUUUGAACUUUGUGUGAAGAGCUUCAUUCUCAGUCUUAAUUGAAAAGGGGGGCCCCUGGGGAGGUCCAAGGAAAAGUUGUGCCCAGGGUGAAGCAUGAAAUGGAUGGUUCCCCCUCCCUGUUUCAUCAGUAAAUGACAUAGGCAUUAUCAUUAUAUUUUUAUUUAUUAAAUAAAAGGGAUCGUUACAGUAACGUUCAUCGGGGAUGGGGGAGCAGAAAUUGAGGGAGCCAAAACUACUGUGUGUGUGUGGGGGGGGGGGGGCCUUUAAGCUGCUUAAUUUAAAAACGAUUUUUUAAAAAUGGGCUUUUAGGAUUUUUUUUUGUUGUAAAAAAUUAUAUUUUUAUUUAUUAAAUAAAAGGGAUCGUUACAGUAACGUUCAUCGGGGAUGGGGGAGCAGAAAUUGAGGGAGCCAAAACUACUGUGUGUGUGUGGGGGGGGGGGGCAUCUAAGCUGCUUAAUUUAAAAACGAUUUCUUAAAAAUUGGCUUUUAGGAUUUUCUUUUGAUGUAAAAAAACUGGAUGAUAAAUCUAUUUUUCAUAAUUGAUAUAAAUAAACAGGGGAACAUAACUCACAAUUAAAGUUGUUAGUGAAUUGGAGGAAGGGCUGCUGCAAAAAUGAUAUUGAGAAGAAGCCAAAGUUAAAGAAAUGGUACCAAGAGUUUUGACUUCAAAAGGAACAUUUCUAUUUCUAUAGGUAUCUUGCAUAGUACAAGGUGGUUAAGAAGCUCAUUGUUGCAUUUCUAUCAACAUCGUAUUUGAUGGAAGGUGGUUUAAGUGAUGUUCUUAAACUUUGCUCCAUGCAAAGAACCAGGGUAGAUAUUAGAGCAUAGUGAAUUCAUUUUCUGCUAAGAGACUUCAAACCAGUCAUUGAAAACUAGCCCAGCCCAACCAUUGUAAUAACUAUUGAAGGCACAAGAUAUAAAAAAUUCUUGGUAAAUAAUAAUUUUGUUUUUUUUAAUCUCUUUUUAAUUAAUCAGCUUAUUAAAGAAAUAAUAAAAGUAAAAAGAUCAUUUGUAUUAAGUAAAAAACUCUGCUCUAAGUUACACGUUGACAUUUAAUUGUAUAAUUAUUUUCUUCUGAUGGUCCUGCAGUUUAUUAAUCUGUAAAGUUUUAUAAGAGGCCGUGCUCAGGACUAGUUUGUGUCCCAAAGGGAGAAAGGGGAAGUGGUGGCUGAAAAAUAUUAUGAGAACCACUGCUGGGAAUUAUACUCAUAAAAUGUAUUUUGUUUAGGACUAGUCUUUCUCAACAAGGAAAGUGAAUAAGUAGACAUUUAUCAAUUUGUAACAAUUUUUAUUGAGAAGAAGUAAGCUUACAGCACAAAGAUAUUUGAGUUUAAAGGCAUGUUGUUCUUUGAACUAUCAAAAUUGGCAUUUACAUUGAUGUUGCGACGAUAAUCUUAGAGAUAGUCUAAUUGAAUAAUUGUAUUUAAAUUAUGACAGCGCAUCAAACUUUGUCUUUUUAUACAGUUAUAUUAGUAUCAACAGCUCUACAAACUAUAUGUCAAAUGUCUUCUUGAUACAUGCCAUAAAUAAAGUUUAUAAUGAGUGACACAUUAUUCUUUCCAUUCAAGCGAUUACUAAAUAAAAUAUUGUUUAUAUUUAUAUCAUUGCCUGAAAAAUUUAAUUCAAAGCUUUCAAUUAAUUUGUAAUUACAAUUUUUUUUAAACAGAAUUAAUGUGUGGGAGGCUGGUGACAUUAAGUAAACACCUGUUGCAAUUUUCCCCGAGUUCUCCUUCACUGUUCAAAAAUCCUGUCAUCAGUGCCUGCAGCAGUACAAAAACUCAUGAGGCUUUCAUUACAGUUGAGCCCCAGGUAAAAUGCCUGAAGAGGAAAAGAUGGUUUGGGGGGGGGGGGUGCAGGUUACUCGGUUUGGGCACCUGUGUGGGGUGGGGGUGGGGGCCAAAAUUGUCUUUAGAUAGGACCUUAGUAGUUCAUUAAACUAUAAAAUCUCAUGUUAUUCACAAAGUCAAGGGUCGCAAAAAUCCUUAUUUUACUGAUGGGCACAGGUGGAAUUUUUUCUAUAUAUUGAUUGGGGCCAUUUUUAGGCGUCGCUGCUAGAUGCCGCUUUUUUUCAGUGGAGUCCUGCAUGUGUUCUGGUGUAAAAAUAUUGUAAAUUGAAAAUAAAUAAAUAGAUUUAUAAGCUAGGAAAGAAUCCAAGAAAAUGCAUCAUUUGAUUUAUAUAACUAUCUUUGUAAUGUGAUUGAUUUCUUUUUAAAACUAAUUUACCUUUAUUAUGAAUUCGUAUGAUUUUACUGCAUUUUGAUAAUGAAUUAUGUUUUGUGAUAGUCAAAUGUUUUACUACAAUUUUUUUGUUUAGGUCGGUCUCUAUGAUGAAGUGGUCAAGAUUCAUUGUCACAGAUUUCCAACAGGAGUUAAAAUUACUCUACAUGGCGAAGUUGAAAAUGACAGGAAAAACAUUUUUGCUUCAUGUGGUUAUUAUAGCACUGACCACAAUGGGCACAUUGAUGUGACAGCACAGUCAAGCCAAGGAGGCACAUACACAGGUUAUUUGUUUGUUUUAGUACCCGGUUCAUAAGAAGAGCAUAUUAUGUUGUUUAGUAGACAUACAUAAAAGUAUUUCUACCGCUUUGGAAAAGUUUAGGUGACUUUGCCUGGAUCAUCUAUGAUAAGUAAUAUAUAUUUCCUAAUUAAUAUAAAACUCCUUGAGUCAUGCUCUGACAUAAAAUCUGUGACUUGGGUAUAAUAAAUUUAUAAAUGUUGUCUGCAGCCUAAGCCAUAGUUUCACAGCUUCUGAUCUUAUCUGUAGGUGUAGAGCCAAUGGGUAUCUUUUGGAGUUUAAAACCAGCACCUGGCCAGCCCCCAACCAGCAGGUUGAUCAUAAAAGAUACAGAGCGCCCUUGCAUUUUCCGCCUUCGGGCCUACUUAGGCCACCUAAGUCUGGCUUCUAUUUACAGUCAACCUGUGUCUCAACUGGAAAUUCUUGCCUCUUUAAAUGUGGAAAGAUGGGUUAAGGGUAAAGAUGUAACAAGAUUAGAAAUAGAGGAAGGUCGAGUCAGAGGAGUCUUGUAUCUUCCUAAAGGUUAGUGAGGGGAAGUCAUAUGUAAUAAAAAUAUUUUGAUUUAAAAAAAUUAAUAUGUCAACUAUCAAUAGCUUUGAUAAAAAUUAAUUUACUUAUAUAUCAACUGCUUUUAUGCAAGGAAGGAUAGAUUUAAGAAUAAAAAAUGAUGAUUAGAACUAGAUGUGUUCAUGAGUUGUGUAUGAGAAUAACAGCCAAAUUGUCAUUUCCCAUUUGUUGAUGGUUGAGAUCUUCUAUAAACUUCAUGAAUUAUAUAUUCAAUUUGAACUUGUACCAUUCAAACUUUUUCGCAGGUGAAGGGCCAUUCCAAGGCGUCAUUGAUAUGUUUGGUGCCAAUGGAGGUGUCAUCGAAUACAGAGCUGCAUUACUGGCAUCGAGAGGGUUUGCUGCCCUUUGCCUACCUUACUUUAAGUUCAAGGACUUGCCCAAAGAUUUAAGCACGCUGGACUAUGAUUAUUUUGAGGUGCUUCUAUCUGAAUCAAUGUUCACUUAUAAUAACUUGAAAAAUGUUCAUUUAUAAGUGAAAUCAAAUGUAUCAAAUGUUUUAUUAUUAUGAUUUUGUGUGUCGUGAAGUCAUAAGACCAGAUCAAGUUCUUUAGGCCCUAGGCAGAGUCAACGUUGUGGCCCUAGGCAGAGUCAACGUUGUGGCCCUAGGCAGAGUCAACAUUGUGGCCCUAGGCAGUCAACAUUGUGGCCCUAGGCAGAGUCAAUGUUGUGGCCCUAGGCAGAGUCAACAUUGUGGCCCUAGGCAGAGUCAACAUUGUGGCCCUAGGCAGAGUCAACGUUGUGGCCCUAGGCAGAGUCAACAUUGUGGCCCUAGGCAGAGUCAACAUUGUGGCCCUAGGCAGUCAACAUUGUGGCCCUAGGCAGAGUCAACGUGGCCCUAGGCAGUCAACAUUGUGGCCCUAGGCAGAGUCAACGUGGCCCUAGCCAGAGUCAACAUUGUGGCCCUUGUAUAUGCCUUGUCCAUUUAUGGAAUGAGGGCCUAAAAGAUGAGGGUUUAGAGCUUGACGCGCAUUUCUGAUUUAAUACCCCAAACUGGUAAUUUGCACAAAUAUUUCCAAGUGCUGUUAACCACAGUACCAGUGAAAAGUGGAUGAUAACAUAUAACGUAUGGGGGGGGGGGUCCUCUUAUGCUUAUUGUGUCCCCUUGAAGGCCCAGACGUCUUUGAGUCCCCCACCCCCCCCCCCCCUUUUUUUUAUACUAAGAAGAAAGAUUUAUACCCUAAACAUAUCAAGCCUAAACAUAUCUUGUUCCACUAUUUAUUGAAGUAAGAAUAAUCUUCUUUUUUCUUGCCAUACAUAAAAUGGCAGUGGCUGAAUGUUAUGGGAUGCAGCCAAUAGUAUUGAUAUUUUCUAAAGCAACGCAACAUCAGGGGACUAAUAAACCUUUUAACACCAUUGAGUGACUCUUAAACCUUUAAACAGCAAGCAAAAAAAACAAAUAGUUUUGAUCAAGUUCUAUCAAAAUCAGAUCAUAUUUCAAAAGUUUACUUACACUGACUUAAUUAUGGGGGAAAUUCCAAGACACCUGUGUUACCAGCAACAUUAGGUUCCCUAUCAUUCCACAUGAAGUGGAUAUUGUUUGCAGAUGUUAGAUGGUUUAAUUUUUCAUGUAUUUCUUUAGGUGUCAGGGGAGAUAAUGCGUCUUUUUGUUGUUUUAAUUUAGGAAGCCAUAAACUGGCUCAGCAGUCAUCCCAAGGUUCACAGUCAAGGCAUUGGUGUUGUCGCAACCUCAAAAGGUGUUGAGAAUGCUUUAUUUAUGGGUGCCUACUCUCCUAAAGUAAGUGGAGUAGCCUGCUACAAGAGAGUCAGAUAUUUAUCACUAGGUAUUUUUAUGAAGCAAUGAUUUUCUGGCAGCUGAGCCAACUGGUCAGAUUCAAACUAAUAGUUUUUCAACUGGUCAUAUUCAAACUAUUUAAAAGGAUGACAAAUGUUAAUAACUCUACGAAAUAUGUGACUGUUUCUGACUUUGUGGUUGAAUUUUUUUUUAAAACAUCAUUAACCCCCUUCCUAUAAAUAACUGAUUUACUAAGAAAUUCAUUCCACGCUAUUUGUCUAUAGUUCCAUACAGUAGCGUAGCUAAGGUUAAUGUCUCCCUGGGCCAAUAUUUAUGUUUGCGCUCCCUUUUCACAGAAAAAUACUCUGAAAAUCCUGCCCCUCCAUAAUAUAAAGAAAAAAGAUCGGCCUGAUUUGGACGACCCCACACCCCCCACCCACCUCCUUCUGCACCCACCUUCCUAUACUACUGGGCCCAUACUCUGCCAUAUAUAUAAGAAUGAGCUAGGCUGACCGUAACGCCAAAGAACCGAAAAAAUUUAAAUACGUUUGGAUUCUUAAAAAUGAUCAUAGUUAUUUUCUAUUUUACCGAAAUCGAAUAAAUUUAAACGUGCAAAAAAUAUUAUGUAUCCACUUUUAUUUUAGUAAAUAUUCUCUUCAAAACCAGACACAGAAGCAUUGCAAAUCCCCUCUACAAGCAUUAGAGCCAGAAUGAUCAAUACAUUUAUCAUGGGCCCUUAAUAUAUAGAAGUAGUACGGGUAGUAGAAGAUAAAUUAAAAAUAAAUUUAAAUUAAAAACUAAGGAAAUAUCUAAAGCAUUUUAUAUGCGUUUGAAAGUUAUGAAAAAAAAGUUUUACAAAAAAUUGUUAUCAAAGAAUUAUGCUGUAAUCACUUUUAUCUUGAAAACCCAAACAUCAGCAGUUUUUAAUAAGUUUUUUAGUGCGCUGUUAAUUUUGGGAAAUAAAAUUAAAAUUAAUACCUUCUAAAUAAAUAAGCAAACGACAUCAAAGCACCAAUCGCCUAUUUUAGCCUAAACUCCUAAGUUUCUUUGAUUUAAUAAAUGUGUGUUACAAAACUGAUAAUAUAUUUUCCUCAACUUAAAAGUAAAAUUAAUAAAUAUAAUUGAUUGGUUGCUUUUUAAAUUGAUAAUAAAACACCCAAAAAUUUUAGCUUUUUAAAAUUCUAAUAAUAUGCUUUUAUUAAAUUUAUAGCAUAAUUAAAAACUAACCUUUAAAUAUACUUCUCGUAAACAAAAUGCUGUUUAAGUCAAUCAGUACAGCAAAAUUUCAUAGCCAAAUAGCAUUGACUAAUCCACUGAUGACUCAUCCAAAUAGCAUUGACUAAUCCACUGAUGACUCAUCCAAAUAGCAUUGACUAAUCCACUGAUGACUCAUCCAAAUAGCAUUGACUAAUCCACUGAUGACUCAUCCAAAUAGCAUUCACUAAUCCACUGAUGACUCAUCCAAAUAAGAGCAAACCAUAUGAAGUGCAAAAUGUUAGUUUGGGAAUUGAAGGGGCAACAACCCUGUGGAAGAUUUUAUUAAUUUUAUUUAAAUCUGGGGGAGGGGGAGAUGGGUUGGUCAUUUGGCCGCAGGGAGCACAAGAGACGUCUUAAAAUAUAGGAAUGAAUUUUAUAAAUAAUUAACCUUCUUGGGUACAUACAUAUCGGAGAGGGAAAUAGGAUGUGUAGAUUUUUACGUGGAUGACAAUAUAUUUAAAUCCUAUGGUAUUACAUUUGUGAAAAAAGAUAUGUUACAUUCUCUUUUUAUAAAUAUGGGUAUGUUUACCAAUUACGAAAAUCAAUGGCAUUAACAAAACGUGGCUACAUUUAUACAAGUAUACUCAUGAAUAUCAAAACCCAAACAUUUUAGACAUUUGAAAAUUUAAUUUUGAAAAAUGGAGAUGGGUUAAUAUUUUCUUUUAAAAAAAAUGAGAAUAUAUUUUUGUUUUUACUUUGGGAAAAGUAAAGUGGGUGUGUAUUUUUAUGAGAUUAACAAUUUAAAGAAAAAAGACACUCAAGUCUGUUAUAGACAUGAAAAACGGUUGCGAGAUUCUUCUUUAGUUGAAAGAAUUCUUUGUUUUACAAUUUUCUGAUAAUAUAUAAUUAAAAAAACAAGGCGAGAGUUUCUAUAAAUUUUUGAUGAAAAUAUCAAUAUAUCAAAUUCUUUAAUAUAAAAUAUUUUUUCAUUAUAUAUAGAGUUUUUGUUGUUAAUUUAAGAUUAUGUUUUCACAAUUUUUAGAGAAAAAAAAGUUGUAUUCCAAGGGAACAAAAGGGUUAAAUCUAAAGUAUUUCUCUAGCAUAGAAAUCAUCUAUUUCUCUAGCGUAGAAAUCGUCCCUCAAUUAACUUCUUUAGCGACAAAAGUGAUAUAAUUAGUGAUAAUUAAGAUUUGGUAAUUUAAGGUCAUUUUUAGAGCGAAAAAAAAAAGUAGUUUAGGGGUGUGAAAAGGAGUAGGGUAGGCGUAUAAUAUAUAGCAGAUUAAUACUUUUCAAAACUUUAUUAUGUUGGAAACAUAAAUAUCAUACAUAGAUACUUCUUUUUAAAGUUAGAAAUUAUUGCAAAGGGCCUUCCAUUAUCAUCCAGAAGACAUCGGGUCAUAUAUUCUAGUUAGUAAGAAUGAAUUCAAACUAGUUUUCUCUUGUAAAUAGUAUAAUUUCAGGUAAAUUGUAUCAUUCGGACACUAAGAGAAGAGAAGCAUUAUGAAAUUAAAUCAGAAUAUUUUCCCCUGUGCUGCUAUUCAAUAUGCUGGAAAGUUAACCCGUUAUCUAUAGGAAAAUCCAAUAUUUUUUUGCUAUGUGUACUGCUUUCGUAUAGUGUUAAAGAAAAUAACCAGCUCAUAACCUCAUAAAUUGGGUGGUUAAAAUUUAAAACUAAAGUUUUUAGCAAAAUCUUUACUUCCAUUAGUCAGGGAAUGUUGUACAGUGCCAAAGUGGUUAGAUCUUGUUAAGAUAAAUAUUUUCAAAUUGCAGAACUCGGUAAAUAGUUUCCUAAUGUACUUACCUCACAGAUAUCAGCAGUUGUUUGCAUCAAUGGUUACCCUUUUGUUACUGCUGGGGACCUUACAAGCAAAGGCCAAGUUUUGCUGAAAGGUGCACAGUAAGUUAAAAAUUUUUAAUAAAUUAACUCAAAAUAUAAGAGAAAGAAUUGCUUCUGGCAAGUUCCAGGUGAAAUUUGUUUAUAUUUGUCAAAAUAAUGACCAUUGUCACAAGUGGUAUUGCUCAAAUUGCAUGGCUGAAGUUACUUUCUAAAAUUAUGUAGUUCAAAUACAUGGAUCAGGUACAUGGUAUUUUCUUUAAAAACAGAAUGAGUUUAAUGUUUCUUAUGUAUACAUGCAUACUAGGUAUAAAUAAGGGCUGCAAACCACACUAAAUGCAGCAGCUCACCGUUCCUAGGACAACUGACCAGUGGGCAUUUAGUUAAUUUUUUUUUUAUUUCAAAGAAUGGAAAUACUGGUAGAAGUAGAACUGUUGGACAACUGACCAGUGGGCAUUUAGUUAAUUUUUUUUUUUAUUUCAAAGAAUGGCAAUACUGGUAGAACUGUUGGACAACUGACCAGUGGGCAUUUAGUUAAUUUUUUUUAUUUCAAAGAAUGGCAAUACUGAUAGAACUGUUGGAAAAACUUUUCAUUUUUUUUUUUUUUUUUUUUUUUUUUUUUUUUUUUUUUUUUUUUUUUUUUUUUUUAAAGAGGAUUCAGUUUUAGUGAAUGACGUAAUAGUGAUUGGCGUUUCUGAUUUUGUAAAAAAAAUGCACUGGCAAUUAAUAUUAAAUAUCUUGAGAAAAAAAUUGAUUUUAACAUAUGAUUUCCCUUUGUUGUUGAUUCAUGGAUUUAUGUUAAUUAUUGUCUUGAUAGAAUGAGUUUGGAUCAUAUGCUGAUCACAGAUGAAGGGUUAGACCUACGAGCUGCCUACCCUGUUCAAAGUGAAAUCAUUCCUGUAAGUCUUAACCCUCUGCAGGCCAAUGGUUUUGUUGUUCUUUUUUUUUUUUUUUAAGUUCAUCUCACAAAAUGUGAUACCAUAAAAGGAGUAGCCAAUUAAUCCCCGAACUGUGGCAUGCAUCAUUCUGUGGAUCCUUUCAGAGCCUUUUGACAUUGCAUUAAAUGACAUAGAAAUAUUGAUACAAGACCCCUAUAAGUGUAUAUUUUUAGAAAGGUCAAUGGAUGGGGAUAAAGUUGGCCAUAUUGCCCACCCCGUAAAAAAAAAUUUUGCUCAGUUUCCUUGACCUUGGAAUUCUCAAGAAAAUAAAAAUUGACAAAAUGUCUUGCUUUCAAGUGCUCAUAACAUCAUUAAUUUUUAUAGAUACACUUAAAACAUUGGAAGUUUCUAUCGAACCGUGUUUUUUAUCUGCCGAUUUUUCCGGCCGCCACAGCACAGAACGAGAAUGUCAGCCGAUUUCGAAGGCCUACUACAGUUCGAGGGUUAAUACGCAUCAUGUUAUAUAUUUAAUUAUUUACAAAUAAAUGAGGUUUUAAAUUCUAUAAAAUGUUCUUGAAAACAAUUGUGUGUUUUCUUACAAUCAUGAUUGAUAUGUGAAAAUUAUUUUACAUUUAACAUUUUUUUCAAACAACAUAGUGUAAAAAGGAAAAUAAAAACCUAUGGCAGAACUAGUUUAAUAUUUAUUUCAUGUCGUAAAAUAAAUUAAUCAAUUCCAUAUCCCUAAAACAAAUUAAUCUAUUUCCAUACCUAUCAUCUCAAAAUAACUUUGUUCGAAUGCCUGAGACUCAUCCUCUGAUUUAGUGAAUUCAUCCUGUAGAGGACCAUGUUGAAACUGCUGCAUUGGUCUGGUUCUUUUGAAAUCCUUUAAAGUUUAUAGUAACUUCAGUUAGUUUCGUGUCUAGCUGGCAAAAUAUUUGGCCGGCUAAUUGACCCACUUCCCAUCAACCUAUCCACCUGAAACUUGGCAUAUAGAAUCUUUGCCAAUGACAACACAUUGUUUCAAAUUUUUAGCCCGAACCCCGUAAAGUCAGUUUUUCCUGCUUUUCAAGGGGAAGAUGAAGGAAAUAUUAUGCCACUGAUUAAAAAAAAUAACAUUCCUGAUUACUGCCCUAAAUGAGAAAAAAAAUAUCGCAAGUGCAUUUGGUGCGUUACAUUUUCUUUUGUUUUUCUGAAAUAGUGUAAAAGCUAGUGGGUCAUUAAAAUAUUAAUAUAGUUCAGGAUGUGAACAAAAUUUGUGGGGGGACACGCAGCAUUAAUUGGUAUUCUUAUAAAGUGUUUUCCAUCCAUCCCUGUGGCGCUACAGCCCAUGUAGGGCUUUGGCCUGCCUCACCCUUCCUUCCAGUCAGACCUAAAUAAUGCCUUUCUUUUCCAUGCUUGGACUUUCAACUGCUGUAGAUCAUUUUCCACGUCAUCUAUCCACCUAAGCCUAGGUCUGCCUUUGAGCCUUUUUCCUCUGGGGUAUUGGUGAUGCACCCUCUUCAUUCCUCUGUCAUUUGGCAUUCUCUCUAGGUGUCCUGCCCAGCGUAGCCUGCCUCUUUUUAUUUCUGCUACUAUCGUGGGAUCCUGAUAUAGACUGUACAAUUCAUGGUUGGUUCGAAUUCUCCAUCCAUAUUCAUCCUUUGUUGGCCCAUAUAUUUUCCUGAGAACUUUCCUCUCCCAUGUGUUUAAUAGGUUUUCAGCUGUUUUUGUUUGGGUCUGAGUUUCACUUGCAUGUUACAACUGGUUUGAUUACAGUUUUAUAAAUAGUUUUCUUUGUUUCUCUUGUAAUGUUUUUUACUUUUGAGUAUUUUCUGACUACUGAAGUAUGCUCUGUUUCUGGCUGAUAUUCUUUCUUUUAUCUCUGUUAGUAAUUUAUUUCUUUCAUUUAACAAGGAUCCUAGGUAUUUGAAUUGAUUUACUUUUUCAAAAGUUUGGUUUCUAAUUUUAAUUGCUUCAUGUUUGUUCUUCUCUUAUCAUGGUCAUAUAUUUUGUUUUUGGUUGUUAACUUCCAGCCGUGCUUGUAGAGAUGGGUUUUCUAAUUCAAUAUAGGAUUUUGAUAUUUCUUUAAUAUUUUUCCCUAGCAGUGCUAUGUCAUCAGCAUAUGCAAGAUACUGAAGUGGUUGGUUGUAGAGUGUGCCCGUUGAUUGUGAGUUUUGAGUUUCCCUCAGAAAGUAUCUUGUUAUUGUUCCUCGAGUGUCAAUGUGUAUGUUUCUAAUAACUCUCUCUAAUGUUAGGUUAAAGAGCAUACAAGACAUUGAGUCUCCCAGUCUUAGGCUUCGUCUAAUAUGAAAUUCCCUUGAAUAUUCUCCUUGAAUCUUGAUUUUGCUUUUUGAGUUGUUUAGUGUUACAUGUAUUAGUAUUGUCAGUGUUUUACUUGUAUGCAUAUUUUGUUCAAUUUGAAAGUUAGAAAAUCCUUGACUAUUAAAAUUCCAAAUGUUUGAGUCUAUUUACAGCGAAUAUAUUUGUAAACAUAUAAAAUAGAUUACUAAAAUUAAUGACUAAAAUUCUCCAACGUUUUAGAAGAUAAACUUAGGUAACUAGAACACAUAAAAUCAUACAAGACAAGAUAGCCAAUUCUGUUGUAACAAGGAACACACUUUAUAUAAAAAAUUAAAUCCAUUUCGCCCUAAUUCCUCCAUUAUUUUCAUUUCUAUCUCAUUUGGGGUCAUUUGUUCAAUUCGUCCCCUGUACUAUUGUCCAAUUUGAUGCAUUUUAAAAUUCUGAUGAAGUUAUUCCCUGUUGUCUUUUUAUGUCAGUAUGUUGGGAACCACUGACUUAAAUACGACAGGAUGAACUUUUCUUUCUUUUUCUUAACUUUGUGCACAAUUUACCCCACAAAGAGGGGAGGAUCCUCCACAGUUAGGACUUAAGCCUUGCUCUUAACCUUGGUAUUUUUUAUACUUGUCUUCAAGAUACUUAAAAAAUUUUACUUCAUGUCUUUUGGUUCAAAAAUUUUCUUCAGAAUCUAAAAUUUAUGAUUGUUCAAAAUUAAUGCAGAUUUGGAAAGGUAAAGCUAAAUAUUUGAUCCUGUCAUCCAUGGAUGAUUUUCAAAUUAAUUCAAACCUACACGAAGAACUGUUGGCAGCUUGCCCGGAAGAAAAGAAAAAAGACAUUGAAGUUGUGCAGUACACAGGUGCGGGUCAUCUGUUGGAGCCACCAUUCAACCCACUGUGUAGAACUACUAUCAACCCUGCGUAUGGUAUGUUGUUUCAUUGUCAUGUAGAUGUUUACCAUUGUCAUUACAUGUGGUGCAGUUUCUGAAAGCAAUAAUUGUUUUCACAAAGGAAGAACAAAAAACAAUAAAAAUAACUCACUAAAGGUAAAGAAGGGAGGGUAGUGUUGCUUGGACCCCGAAGCCAAUAUUUGAAGGGCUGGUAUUCUACUGAUAUACCAAAAUUUGAUGGGCCAGUAUUCCAAUGAUACACAAGCAUUUGAUGGGCUUGUAUUCUGCUGAUACACCACACCAAUUACAGAGUUGAUUUUUUCACAAGAUAUUAAACUAUGUAUCAUAGGUCUUGAGAAAUAAAUUUACCAGCAAAGUCAGAAUUACCUCCAAUGCUUUGAACAUAACUAAUUCUUUUGUUAAAUUAAAGUAACUAUAAACAUAUUUCUGUUCCUCUCAGUAGAUUGUAACGUACAGCUAAGCAUACCUUUUGUAUGCAUUAUUGAAUGGAACAAUGGAACAAAAUAUUCAGCAGAUUAUUAAAAUUUUACCGUGCAGUGCAGUACAUUGAAAAGUGUAGAAAAGUUAGAUAUAUUUUGAAAUUUUUAUUUAUUUGAGUGGUUUUACUUAAGGCCAGAAAGUGUGUCAGGAUUUACAAGAAAUGUCAUUGUUUUUGUAAGUUCAUAAUUUCUAGUUCAUACUUUAGGCAUUCACAGAGAAAUUAAAUUUCUUUCUUUUAUAUGAGAAAUAAAACUUCAUACAUGAGAACUAAAGCUUUGUAUCUCUAAAAUCUUAGGCUUCUUACAUAACUACUGUGUUAGCAAUAACAGGUGAGGGUAUAACAUAGACAAGGCCUGCCUCUUGGUAUAGAGGAAUAGCAGAUUUAAAUAAAAUGUUUUGUUACUUCACUACAAAUUUGAACAGUUUAAGAUUAGGCAGGCCAGUUAUGGAGAUUAGGCUGGUCAAUUAUUGUGAUUAGGCUGGUCAUUUAUUGAGAUUAGGCUGGUCAUUUAUUGAGAUAAGGCUGGCCAUUUAUUGAGAUUAAGCUGCUAAGUUAUUCACCAUGCUUUUAUAAAAAUUUGACAUUUAAAACUUUUUUUGUGUAUUAAAACAAAGUAUUAUCUGUGUCAAACAAUCCUUUUUCAUAAAAUAAAUAAUCUCCCCUUGUUCACUUUUAAUGACAAUUACUUUUGCAAAAAUAUCACUUCUUAUUGAACUAUGUUAACAUUAAUUUUAAUUAAAAAAACCAUUAAGUGAUCUCACAAUUUUAAAAAAAAAUGAUUGUAAUUUAAAUUUUUUCAGGUAUAGUGUUGAAAUUUGGGGGUCAACCACUGGACCACGCACGGGCUCAAGUUGAUUCCUGGAAGAGAAUUUUGGAGUUUUUAAGAAAAAAUAUCCCAACAGAAUGAGGCACGCACAAACAUAAUCUCACUUAAACAUAAUCUCACUUUUUAAUCUUUGCUCAUAUUAAUCAGGAGCACGAUUAUACACUGAACAUUUGAUAUAUAAUGAAAUUGGUUUCUACCAGAGGUUCUCAACCUAGAGCCCCUGGACCACAGUCAAUUUUAAAAUUAUAUACCCGGUAACAUGGACUUAACAUGGUCCGCAAUGACACAAAAUACUCAAUGAGUUGAGAAUUUAAAUUAAUGAAAUUUUGAAGCUUUUCUGACUGUCUGAAGUGACUGCAACAAUGGAAGACCUUGACCUACAAACUGUUAGAUAAAAGGUUGCAAAGACGGAUAGGACUAUUAUAAUCAAUACUCUGAAACAUGAGUAGUAAAAAUAACUUUACAAUUAGUCUUCCCUUAGCAUCAUUUUCAUCUUGAACUGUUUGGUCAUUAGGACAAACUUCAUUAAGAAAUACAGAGGGCUUCAAACCAAACAGUGUUGAUGUGAAAGUGAAAGUAAGAUAAUGAACACAAACUGACAAUGAUGGUUUUAAGGGGAUUUUAUUUUGUUUUUCCAAGAAGUUCUGGGAUUUAAUUCUUGUUAAAUAUGUUUGGGUGGCAAUAGGAUUGUCUAAUUGUCAAAUUUACUCCAUUGUUAAAUAUGUUUGGGUGGGAAUAUAUUAUGUUGGAUAUAAGCAAAAUGCUUUAUUUGUUUUUAUGGAGUUUCAUAAAUUUUAAACAUUUAUCAUUAUAGCGCCUUUUAAGUCAAUGUGAUAAUAUUAUUAUGCUUAUAAGACUGGCAUUGAGUGGUUUUAAUAGCUGUGUAACUGAGGGAGCACUGUACAAGUAUACAUUUACUUUUAAAUAGAAUUUUGUUUGAGAUUACCGGUAUUUAUAUAAAUUUAAAUAAAAUAUUUUGAGAUUACUUUUAUACAUUUAAUUUUAAAAAUAAUAUUGUUAGAUAUUAUUUAUAAAAAUUUAAAUAGAAUAUGGUUAGAGAUUAUUUAUAUACUUUUAAAUGGAAUAUGGUUAGAGAUUAUUUAUAUACUUUUAAAUGGAAUAUCGUUAGAGAUGAUUUAUUUACAUUUCAAUAGAAUAUUGUUUUAUUUACAUACUUUGUAUUUCCUUCCUGAGCACAAGUAUUUUGUUCCUUCAAAAUUAAGAGAUUAUUUUCUCUGGUCACAUAAAUGCAUUUUGUUUUGUUAUAUUUAAGUAUGGGUAUGUUGGUAAAAAUUUAAAAAAAUACCAAAGAUUAAACUUUCACUUU